AUGUCCGGUCUUUUGACCGUGGCCAUGAGUUCCACUGGCUUCGCCCAGAACACUCCUGGCCCUGUCCCCACGGACGCCACGACCUCUGGUGGCAUGAACGUGCCCACCUCGGUCAGCUCCGUCUUUGUCACCUCUUCCCAGCUCCCCGAAGUUGUCACCCUGACCUCCACCAUGACCACCAUGACCACCAUGGCCAAGCCCACCGUCACGGUCCUCCCCCCUCACCACGGUGGCGGCACUUGCGAGUGUGGCACUGGCAGCUGCUACACUCCUGAGAUUUGUGGUCUUGAGUGCACUACUAUCUACGAUGAGUGCUGCAGCAUUGAGGGUACAGAUAUCGAGAUCUGCAAGAAGCAGUACACUGUCUGCCUUGGUUACAGCUCUUUCGACUUUGUGAAGCCUGUCUGCAAGCACGACCAGAGCUACUACAUUGAGUACGAGUCCAAGUACGACAGCCACUACUUCGAGGAGAAGUACGGCAGCUACUACGAGUCUUCUUCUUCUCAUCACUCUGGCUCUUCUUACCACGAGGGUUACUACACUGCCGAGUACUGCUGCACCGAGUGCACAACUGUCUACGAUCAGUGCUGCUCUGUCCCUGGUGCUGAUAUCACUAUCUGCAAGGAGACCUACACCACCUGCCUCGGAUACAACCCCUUCGAGAUCAUCCCCUACCAAGAGCCCACUACCUGCAAGCACGAGGAGAGCUACUACUCCGAGUACGAGUCCACUCACGGUGAGGAAUACUACAACUCCGAGUACGACAACUACAGCCACGAGAACUACGAUGUUGAGGUCGACGUUGCGCAGUGCUGUGUUGAGUGCACCACCGUCUACGAUGAAUGCUGCAAGAUUGCUGGCACCGACAUUGAGGUCUGCAAGGAGGAGUACACCAUCUGCCUCGGAUACAACCCCUUCACCGUUGUCCCCUACGUCGCCCCCACUGUCUGCAAGCAUGGAAGUUCUGACAACUCUGGUUACGAGCAUGGAAGCUCUGACAACUCUGGUUACGAGCAUGGAAGCUCUGACAACUCUGGUUACGAGCAUGGAAGCUCUGACAACUCUGGCUACGAGCAUGGCGACGUUGCGCAGUGCUGUGUUGAGUGCACUACCGUCUACGAUGAGUGCUGCAAGGUUCCUGGUGCUGAUAUCACUAUCUGCAAGGACGCUUACACUGUCUGCCUCGGCUACAACCCCUUCACCGUUGUCCCCUACGUCGCCCCUACCGUCUGCAAGCACGGAGAUGACUCCAGCUCCAGCUCCAGCUCCGACUCCUACUCUGAGUCUAGCCACGAUGACUACUCUUCCAGCAGCUCCAGCUCUGAGGAGGAGUGCUGUGUCCAGUGCACCACUGUCUACGACGAGUGCUGCUCCGCUGAUAGCCACGACAUUGAGACCUGCAAGACCGAGUACACCACCUGCCUUGGAUACAGCCCCUUCGACGUCACCCCCUACGUCAAGCCUACUGUCUGCAAGCACGGUGACAACUCCGGCAGCAACUCCAAGUCUGACAGCCACGGCGACUACUCCGACAAGACUGGCAGCGACUCCAAGUCUGACAACCACGGCGACUACUCCGACAAGACUGGCAGCGACUCCAAGGGUAACUCCAACUCUGGCGACUACUCCAACUCCAAGGGCGACAACCACUCUGGCAGCUCCAGCUCCUCCGGCUCCGAUGAGGAGUGCUGUGUUGAGUGCACCACUGUCUACAAGGCCUGCUGCGACGCUUCCGGUGCUCUCGUCGAGACAUGCAAGACUGCUUACAGCACUUGCCUCGGCUACAGCCCCUUCGAAGUCACCCCUUACGUUGAGCCUACUGUCUGCAAGCACGGAUCGUCUUCCAGCGAUGACAUCGUCAUUGUCUCUGGCGGCGAGACUGUUCGCCCCGUUCUGGCUCUUCUUGUCAUGGGUUUCGUUGCUCUGCUCUGUUAG